GGAGUGAGUUAGGAAAUGAUAUGAUAGAGAACCUUGAUGGGAUGAUUCAGAUUGUCUAAAUCCUCAGAAGACAGUCAGAGGCGAGGCAAGGUAAGGCAAUGCAAUUCAUCCUUCCUAAGGCAUCAAUUUCAGUUGAAAUGCCAUAACAAUCGACACCUCAUUGCCGUCUCUUCCGUUUUCUCAAACCCACCCAUCUCGUUCUCUUCCGCUUCGACGGUUUUUAAAUAUUGUGUACUAGAUUCUUGAACUCCAAUUAUUCGCGGAACAUACCCCUGGAAGUCAAAGUUCUGGUAUCUUAAUUCAUCUAAUUUCCACUUUUGUAUCGGCGGUCUGAGUCUACUAAAUUUAUUUUUCACUGCACUCCAAAUUUAUUCAUCGAGCUCGAUCAUUUACAGGUUUCUUCCCGCCACAAGUAUUCCCAUUUGCCAUUAUAUCCGGAUGAAAGGUUUGAUCGGCCAAAUGUGCCUCUAGGUAUCAUACCCGUCGAUCUGAUCGGCUUGAGAAAUAGUUCGAUGAGUUAAGUUGCCAACUACACACUCAUUUUAUUCUGAUACAGCCGCAAACUAUACCCAGCUCCAUUUGGUUCUCCUUCAUAACCAAAGCCAUCAUACUCAACAACUUACCAAAAUACCAGAAGUCUUCUUUUGCAGCUGCAAGCGCCAAUUUCAUUGGGAUAUUUGCAGAAGACCUUUGUCUACAUGUCCUAGGAAUUAGAAAUCGCAGUUUUCGAAAGCCUUCUCCUAUAACUGCAGUCAUCAAUCUUUCAUAAUACAAGCGUCUUAUCAUAAGCAAAUCCAUCACAAACAUGUCACUAACAACGAGAAUGAAUGGCUACUUCCGUGAGCAGAGCCAGCGCGCUCGUGGACUUCGCCUUCUUAAACCAUCAACUACUCUUCCGCGUGGCGUCUUGGGCGGUCCUAGACGAAUAAUUGACCCCGACUCGGGUCUAGUAUCGCAGGAAACAACUUCACGGGAACUUCAAGUCUCGGACUACCACUGGGAUUCUCAAUUUGAGGAACUUUUAGAAGCAAAUUGGGAAGAAUCUGAUGAAGAUCAAGAGCUCACCGCCGAGGAAGUAAUCGCCGCACAAUUCAAACGUAGAAAGCCCCAUGUACCACGUUUAAUGCAACUUGCGGUCGAUUCGAUUGUUAAAAACAUUAGUAGUAUUACCUAUGAAAGCAUCAAGAACAUGCCUUCAAUACAGCUCGAGUACCUUUGGCGUGAACUGUCCAAGAGAUGUGCCAACAGUUUUAAUACGUGGAAGGCCUUUUCAAAAGCCCUCGAUCGACAAGAGGGUGCCAUUCUAAGCCAAUUUAGAUAUAGUGGUUCUGUUGAAGAGCCAGUCCCGUCCUUAUCUGUCUAUACAAAGCCACUCAAAUCGGUUACUUUCGACUUUCUUGUACACUUAUCUAUUACCACUGCUUUCAGCACUUCUAAUAUGGUCGAAUUAUCUACACUUUCUAACUUAGUAGCUCUCGAGAUCUCUAAUCCAAAGCAUGGCAAACAUGUAAGGACUGCCGGUAAGCAAUUCGAUACGAGCUUCGGAGACAGAGUGAUCAAAACCUGGGGCGAAGUAGCAGCGACGGGAAAAGGAUUCAAAGUCUUGAGAAUCUUGAAGCUUCGAAACUUCCUGGAAAUCACAAACAAUUGCUUCCAAUACUUAAACGACUUUCCUGCUUUGGCUGUUUUCGACGUUGUGGACUGUGGCUUCAAUGGGUUGGCUCAACUCAGUGCUGGGAAACUUGGCUGGGAAGUACACCCUGAUGGGGCAUUACUUGAAAUCUUACAGUCAGAUUGUGUAAAGCAUAUUAUGGCUCUGCGCGCAAGUCUUGGACUUCCUGCCAGACCAAUCCGUAGAUCCACUGCCAAACCUUUGUGGGAUAAAGCAAAAGUCACAAUGAUACCUCGAGCAGAUGUACCGACCUUACUUACAGGAGGAACUUCAUCCGCAGCGCGAAAUAGCGCAUAUCUUCACGCCGAGGAGCAAGUGAGAGCGAUGGAAAGAACCCCCGCUGGCCGCGCCAAACUCAAGAGAACUGGCCUCUCUCACUUUGAAGCUGUGGAUUACAUCAGUCGCAAAGAAUAUCGUGAGCUUGAAACUUGGGAAUUCCGCACCCUUACCUCUCUUAAUCGACUUAGCGAACUUCGCAACGAUGAGGACUUGCGUGCCGCUGGCUUAAAGGUCGACGAAUUUGUUCCCAUGGUCUCCGGUGAAUUCAUAUCUUCUAUUCCAUUUGUUUCUCUUCGUCUCGGUCCAGAGCUAUCUUAUGCACCGUCGAAGGCGGAUUUGCAUCAGCCAUUUUACGAUGGUGGAAUGAGUGAUAGAUCGCUCAAAUAUACUAGCAAAAACCUCGGGGUUGGCGCAAAAGGCUAUGUUUAUACACGUAUCGCAAUACCUGUCGCUAGAACUAGGAUCCGUGAGCAGUCCGAGGAGAUAAUGGGUAGCGAUGCUAAUGGCUCAGGAUCUCGACCAAGCAAGCGUAGGAAGGUUAGAGGAGACAAGAGACAACAAAUAGGCGAUCUCUUGGCGGGAGUAAUGGGAGUUAUAUGAUUUCUGGAGCUAUUAUCGAGAGUUAUGGUGGUACUUGGCGUGUGGAUGCUCCUAGAAGGUCGGCUUCGGGGCACUUCGGGGCACUUCGAGGACUUUUCGUGGAUUUUCAAGUUUUUUUUUGAUAGUUGUAGGAGUUCUUGUAUAUGCGUGGUUAGGAAUGCACAAGCGAAUUUUAAAUCAUAGAC